CUUUUCAUCUGUCUGCCCAUAUUUCUACAUCUGGCUUGGAAGAGUAGCAAACAUUUAUUGUUGAACUUCAAUGAAGGAAUAUGUUCCAUGGUGUAAUGACUUUCUCUGCAAUGCUUUUGACUUGAGCUUGAACAUUGUUUUUCUCAACAGGCGUCAUCGCUGUCCACACCUUCCUUCUACAAUCUAUGAAAAGAUUAAUAAACCAUGCUUAAUUUCUGAGUAUGUGGAGAAAUUUGCUCCAUAUGGAAUUGUUGAGCCAAGAGAAUCCUACAGACCACGAGAAGAUUAUCAGCGUCACCCAGGCAAGAUGCCAUCCAUGACCACAUUCAGGGCAGAUUUUGUUCCUCAUGAUGUACCACCUAGACCCAGCAUGGUAACUGAAGAGGCCAGGCAUCCCCUUGGAGUUAUGAACUUGGACACCACUUACAGACGGAAUUUUAACCUUCACCCACUCCAGCCAGUGGCCUCAACCCAGCCAGCAGACCAGAAGCACCUCCCCAGAGCAAAGAUGCUGACAAUUCCUACGUACAAAGAUCAUUACAAACAAUGGGAACUUUCAAAAAGAGAAACAAUGAAACCAGAACAUACUUUCAAAGCACCAGCCAUUAAAUUUGGAAAUCCAACCACUUUUGAGGAUGACUAUUCAUACAAGAUUCCAGUUCCCAACCAGAGUUUUAGACCUCCAAAUGCAGCAAGGCUAUUAGAUAUGCCCUUCGAUGACAAGACCAAUUAUCGCCAGGAAUAUGUACUUUACAAACAGGAGCCCCCUAAAAGACGCGAACCAGAACAAUACAAGCCAAAUGAUAUGCUUUUUGAUGGUCUUACUGUGCACAGGAGAGAUUUCAAGGGUCAGCCUGGAGAGCUCACAAAGCCGUUUCGGCCAUCUUAUACCAAACUCAACUCCAAUCAGCAGUUCUACGACUUAACUGAAUCCCGUGACAAGUACAGAGGCUGGACUAUAGAUCAACCUCAGGUUCACAAAGCUCUGGAGCCCAUGGUUCCAGAGGGGAAAAUGCAUCUCAGCACAACCACUCAAACUGACUUUGUUGGGCAUAAAAUCCUACCUUAUGCUCCUAUCCGCCCCAUACUUGCGAUGAGUGGGCACAAUAUUCCCUUUGAAGGGCAGUCGACCAUGAAGGCAGACUUCAAGUACUGGGACUCUACACGGGAACCUCUCAUCAAGCCGCGUCAGGAACUGGAGAAAGCUGUUGGCCGUAUGGAUGAUAUGACAACAUUCAGGGCUCAUUAUGUACCACACCAGAUUAACCUCAUGCACUCCUACAAGCCCCGCAAUUCUUACAUUCCCAGCGCAAUAGCAUUAGAUAACGAAACCACGUAUCAAACCAGUUACACGUCGAAGAGUGUGGAUGUGUGUCCUGCCUCGUUCACCGUACCCCCUGGCUAUGAAUAUGUGGAAACCGAUGCCCUUGGUCAUAAGCUAUAUCAACCAGUAAAUGACGGGGAGAAUGUUAACCCCACACUGAUUUCAAAAAUACCAAGCCCUCAAAGGACUGUCAAUGAUUUGAAAGCAAGUUUCCCAAAUGAUGCAAUCAUUGCAGCUUAA